AUGGAACACAUGGCGUGGAGACAAAUGCUCAGUGGAUCGUCGCCAGUAUGGUGGCACCGUAAAUCGUGCACUUUUUACACCACCCUGUUGUUCAUUAUCCUCAAUCAUUUAUCAUCACAAAUAGUGCAAGCGUCGGAAAAUAACAGCAGCAACAGCAGCAGCAGCGGUCAAUCACCCAAUAUAAUUUUUAUUUUGGCCGACGAUAUGGGCUGGAACGAUGUCGGAUUUCAUGGAUCGUCGCAGAUUCCCACGCCCAACCUGGACGCACUGGCGUACGCGGGCAUUAUUCUCAACGGGUACUACGUCAAUCCUAUCUGUACGCCCUCGCGUUCGGCACUGAUGACUGGGAAGUAUCCGAUUCAUACCGGUAUGCAACAUACCGUACUGUACGCGAUGGAACCGAGAGGAUUGCCCCUGUCGGAGACACUGCUUCCCGAGUACCUGAAAAAUCUGGGGUAUACUAAUCACAUCGUCGGCAAAUGGCACCUCGGGCAUUAUCAGCUUCGGUAUACGCCUCUGCAGCGCGGGUUCGAUAGCCACACGGGAUUCUGGACCGGGCAUCAUCAUAUGAACGACCACACGGCCGUGGAGCAUGGGCACUGGGGACUCGACAUGCGCCGGGGCUAUGACGUGGCGUACGAUUUGCAUGGACAGUACACCACGCACGUGAUAAGCUCCGAGUCCGUGCGGAUAGUGGAGAACCACAACACCAGUGAACCGUUGUUCCUUUACGUCUCGCAUGCGGCCGUACAUUCGGCGAACCCGUACGAUUUCCUUCCGGCACCGGACAGCACCGUCAUGGAGCUGGGGAAAAUCGAAAACUAUGCCCGGCGCAAGUACGCCGCCAUGAUGGUCGAGUUGGAUCGGACGGUGGGUAGUUUGGUCGAGGCACUGAAAUCCCGCGACAUGCUGGAGAACUCGAUCAUCGUGUUCAGCACCGAUAAUGGAGGGCCCGCGGACGGAUUCAACAGUAAUGCCGCAUCCAACUGGCCCCUGAGGGGCGUCAAGAAUACACUCUGGGAGGGUGGUGUGCGUGGAGCCGGCUUUAUCUGGAGUCCCUUGCUGAGCAACGUGAGCCGCGUGUCACAUCAAACGAUGCAGGUGGUCGAUUGGCUUCCAACGUUGUACGAAGCCGCUGGGGGCAAUGUUAGUGAGCUGCCGGACGAGCUCGACGGUAUCAGUGUAUGGAACGAGCUGAGCAGUGGUGAGCCGACAGGGCGUAUCGAAAUACUGCACAACAUAGACGACAUCUGGGGCAGUGCGGCCCUAAGGAUUGGCAAAUGGAAGCUCCUGAAGGGUUCGCACUACAACGGCAGCUGGGACGGAUGGUACGGACCGUCAGGUACUCGGGAGGAAUCUGCCUACCAGAUCGACGCCGUACUGAACAGUCCCGUGGGCCGUAUAUUGACAGCGUACGAUGGUAUGCCGUCGAAGAAAAAAAUUAUCCAUCUACGGCGUGCCGCAACCGUCGCGUGUGGCUAUGGGGCCAACAUGGAAAACGAGUGUAAGCCUAUGGAGGGUGUAUGCUUGUUCGAUCUGGAAAGCGAUCCGUGCGAGUACAACAAUCUCGCUGACGAACAUCCAGACAUCGUUCAGAGCCUAUUGGCACGGUUGCUGGCGUACAAUAGCACCGCGGUUCCACCGGCAAAUCUCGAGGAUGAUCCACGCGGCGAGCCACAGCACUGGAACUAUACGUGGCACAACUUUGGUGACGAAUUAGAACCGGAAGUUAUGCUUAAAAAUAAUAAAGAAGUCAGGGAAACGAUUUCCUUGCUGCAACACUAAACAAAAAUAUGCAAAAGAAAAUGAAUACAUUCCCCCGCACACUCCGAUGUUGUUGCCAUCAGUUGUAGUAAGCAAACGAUAUUUGAACCUUCCUUAUAGUCAGUGUGUACCUGCUCGUGUUGAUGAUUGGCCCUUGAAGCAGGAAGGGGAAAUAUAGAUCAUUUUUCUCGUCGCGUUUGCGUGACGGGAGAGAAGAGUGGUCAAUCGUUCAACGUUUUUGUUUUCAAGCAUUCAUUCUCUAAUCGUAGUUUUCCAUUCGUUCCCGUUGCUGCGAUUUUUCUUUGUUUUACAACCAAUUGACACCGUUUGCAUUAUGAUCAAACUAUGCUUUGGUGUCAGCGCAUGGCGUAGUGGCAUUCAUUUGUGACGAAUAUUACUCUAGUCAGGUCGAACUGGGACUAGUAAUAGAAAAAGCACCAUGGGCAGCAUUAACGUGAUAUUCUACUUUGGCUCUCUGGAUCCUUCAGGCCCGCUAAAGUGAAAGUAAAGUAUUACUAAACAACAUUUGGUUUUCAGCCAAAGAUGCAUUACAAAGUAUCUCUUGUCUGGAAUGCACGGAAAAUGGUGGUGAUGUCGCAAGUGAAAUGAUGCAAAGAAACAAAAGGGACAAAUUAUUUAUGAAACCUGCAAAGGUUAUUAGAAAGGAGAAGGUGACAACACGGGGCAACAUUACCACCAAUAAGUAAGAAAUGCCUUCUGUAAACUGUGAUCGAAUCUCGCGUUCCUUAGAACAAAGCUCUCCUAGAAAAGAAACCCCAUGUAGGAGAAAGGUAAUGCUUUUUAUGAGGUACGUUUUUCCUGGCCAAACACGACAAAUAACAUGAGUGCAAUGAGUUUGUCGCUAUUGCUUUCAGGCCGGCCUCUGCCGUACAUGAUUUGUAUUACGCCUUUAAGUUUAUCCUUCGAAUGCAAAUUAGGCACAAAACAUACAUAGUUUUUAGUUAGUUAUUUUCAGUUUGAGUAAACUUGCCUUUUAAUGCACAUCCCAUCCCGCCAUUUAUUUUCGGCAUCGGAGAAUUCUUUUGUGUCCAACUGACAAUUUCUCACAGACUGAUUGCUUAGGAGAGAAAUUCACGACUAAAGCACGAAACAAUCCCACCAAAGUGUAACGCGUAGGUAAAGAACAAAACGAAGGGGAGGCGCACGCGAGCUUACAUCGCACCAGCCGCGGGACAUGUAUGGAAGAACCAUACAUAAUGGUGACAAAAUUCGCCAACGUCAGUUCUUACAUCGGCCGAGUUCUUUUGUCGGAUGUGAUGCUAGAGUCUGCCACGAAAUCAAGGAUAACGACCUUUUUUAUCCUUAUGUUUAUUCCACUAAUAAAGUUACGUUUCGCUCAAUACAUAUUUUUCUCUCCCUUGCAUAGAAACAUUUAGUUUUAUGUUUAGUUUCAUCGUUUUAAUAAUUAUUGCGAUCGGAAAAAAUCAAAUUCACUGUAAUAAAACUACCGAAAGUCGUGAGCUCACUACUUGCAGGAAUCGUAGAUUCAUUACGAAUAUUAAUACAGGGCAUAUUCAGCAAUUAUUUGGGGUAGAAUAAUCAACGCAAACUCACUUAGAAGCGAACGCAGGUGGACAAAGCGUAAUGCUCACCUUUGUUUCACACACUGAAAAUGCAGAAGUAAAAUAGGAAAAUGGAAUGAAUACAUUUUUGCAUUGGUGAGUUUGUCUUAUAACCAGAAUGAAACAUUGCAUGGUCGAAACGUAAAAGAACUCAUGGGUUUCUCCAUCAUGCAAAACCGAAACAAUAAGAAAGAUGCAAAAAUCUGACAACGUUCAGAGUACGGCAGUCUCGAUCGUUUAUGAGAAGAACUGGUAGUAGGAUAACAAUCUCACUUAUAUCAUACGUGGGGUAAUAGCAUCAAAACCAUGGAAUGUUAAAAUGUCUCCUCCCCACUGAGACAGAUGCAUACGGCGUAGUGCUAAGUGAUAACCAGUAUUUUCAUAUGUUUAAACAGAGUAAACAUUACCUGCAGUCGCCACCGUUUCCUAUAUUCCGUUACUUAGUCUGCUGAAACACACUGUUUAAGCCACGGAACGAUGUUAAGAUAGCUACAAAAUGCUUAUUUUAUCCCGAAAACAUGAAGCUUUUUAUCGCGUGAGUUAAAAAGUCCUAGUUCAAAACGCAAAACCACUGAAAAUGAUAACGAGAGAGUUAUAGGGAACAGGGAAGUGGGAAGCAACAAACAAAACCAUACCCAAGUGUAAUAGUAUUAUCGCUUCGAAGGUAUCUUGUUACACAUGUGCAAAGCAUGACAAAAACAAAACAGGAGCUAAACAAAAACAAAAAACCAUUUGAAGAAAUUUUAAAGCAAAAUAAAACACGUGUUGGCGAGAAACAAAACAUGUGUGAACCAGAAAAAUGGAGCAAAACAACAGAGAAUCGAAGAAAGUAGAAUGAAAUUGUCGUAUGAUAAAUUUGUUACUUUUCUUAUUUCAUCAAUUUUUAUCUACCUAUACUAACUACUAAGCAUAAGUGUGUUUGUGUGCGCUAUGAAGAAACAAUGUUAUAUUAAGCAUAAAGUUCACGAUAAAAUAGAUAAGUCGAUGUAACCUUUUUCCACCACAUAAAAAUGGGAAUAGAAGGCAAAGCAACUAAUUGUCUAUCUUUGUAUUUGCGCUCGAAGCAAGAUCAUCUCGUUCAUGAAUAAACCUGCAACGUGUAGAUUAGGGUAUGGUCCAUGGUUCAGUUUCCAAAACAAAAAUGUCAGGCCGUAUUGGAAAAAUGUUCACGAAUCACACAAGAGGUUUUGAACGUACAAUUUCUUAAAUUUGUUCCUUCCAUUCCAAUCCCAUAAUAUACAACCGAGUGCGUACAGGAUAUGUAAAAUCUGGUCGACUCGUUUGCUUCGAGCUUCAGUUUAUUAAUCUUUACAAAAAGAGUUAUUAAAAGGAUCGACACAAAUCCAAGCAGGUGAUGGAGUAAUUUUACAACUUGCUGCAUUAAUAAUAAUAACAUUAAUAAGAAUAAGAUAAUGUUGCGCUAAUUGAAGAUAACGUAAACAAAAAUGAAACUUAAUGUCUUAGCCUUGCAAAAAAAUGGUAACCGGGCAAAUUUUACUAUCAUAAUCCCGAUGAUGUCACUAUUAACGUUUUUUCGAAUUGGCAUGAUUCUUUUUCUUUAGUUUGCACAUUUUCAAAACAGCAACGAUCGGUCGAGGACGUCGACAAAAAGGAUAAAAUAAUAAAAACCAACUGAAAAGGCCAUGCCAAAGCACGAUUUACACACAAAAUCCAAUGAUGCUGGCAGAGGCAGAAGGCGAAUGUUGUGCCGCUUUUGAAACUCGCGUUUUGGUAUCAGAGUGAAAAACCGCAAAGAGGGAGCAGCAGAAAUAGAGAGGGGUGUUGGAAAAUGUUCUUGUCCCGAACAUGUGACAUCUUUUGCUACAAAAUAAUCGAUUGCAUGCCUAGGGUUUUAGGGGAAUUUUGAUUAGGAUUUAAGUAUCUUUUUUAUCUGGAACUACAUAGCAACUAAACUAAAAAGAAUGUCAAAAGAAAAUAUUUAUCAUCGAGACCACACACUGGCGCAGUUCGUUGCUGACGCUCCUUACGAAAUUGGGAUAACAGGUAUUAACACGUCUUCAAGCUAUAAUUCACCUCCAACGCGGGGAAAUUAUAUGACUGAUUUUAAGUGGACAAAAUACAACCACUGGCACGAUAAUACCCUAAUAGAGCAAGUCCGGUAUUCAACAAUAAAAUUUACCGCAAUUCCUUCGAUUGUGAUAAAAGUGGACAAACGUGUGAAAAGGAAGCCGUUUGAUGAAACUGUCAUAGUUGAUAUGCGUAAUACCUGUUACUCGCAACGAUCCCUUGAAGAGAACGCAAAACAUAAACCCCCGGACAUACAUCCGUAUCCGUUGAUUGAUUGGAAAACUUUAUGAACUUCUACGAUUCUGGUUUGUGCUGCCUAUCGAUCGAAUGACUAAUGAAGGAAAACAAAAUGUCACUUCUAGUAAUAUUAACAUUUUUCAAAGCGUGUUUUUUCAAGUAGCAAUUGUUUUAUCUUCUAUGCUGCACCAUAAACAAAUACGUUCAAGAACCGUCAAACAAUGCAGGUCUUAGUUGUUCAGGAUUAAAGAACAUGACAACAUAAAAUUACCGUGCAAAGAACUAUCUGAAAACACAAGAAAUUGGAGCAAAAAUACUAAAGAGAACCAAUCAGUGUUUCAUGUGGAAGCAUGCGGCGGGUGCGUAUGUGUGUCUUAAUGGUCUGCUGAGAAAAAAUGCCAGCAGAAAAAUAGAGUGAGUUACGAUGUAUUUUACAUGCAUAACAAACAGUAAGAUAUCGCCAAUAAUACAUUUAAUGCGAAAGCGGUGAAAGAACCGAUCCUCUGCUCCAGAACAAGCAGAAGUGUUCUUUCGGCUUUCAGAAAGGUCUCUGGGGAACAGAAACAAGCGAAUAAGGUUUUCACAAAAAGAAACAUAAGAUGCUAGCGCAGCAAGAAUUGCACAACACGAAUAGCAGCAAACGGAAGACGGGGGACAGUUACAAGCGAGAAAGGUUAAACAUGUUACUUUGCUAGGAUGCCAAGAAACAGAAGAAUAGUACGAACUGACGCCGAAUUUGAUGCCGUUCAGCGAAUGAUGGUCGGUUUGGUGACCGUCAAAAAGCUGAGCCCAAAAAUAUUCUACUAGAAAUAACUCACACAUCCCGUUGAUCUCAUUGGGUUUAGAAGAAAAGAACAGCAGCUGACAGGAACAAGGUACUACUUUCCUAAAUUUGAGACUGGAAAGUGGCGUUUGAAAAGGGAAUAUGUGUUUAACUGAAAUGUGUUCCCCAAAGAUUCAGCAAAUUAAAAAAAAACAAUAAGAGGGGAAUGAAGUAUUUAAAGUUGAUGCUGUACUGAAACAAAUGCGUUCAGCAACAACGUAACCUAUCGAAAAAUGAUUGGAAAUAUGGCAUCAACAAAAGAAUUAUACAUCAAAUUGCUGAUCGAAGAUGAAACAACAAAUUUCGCUGGUGAUAUUUUUUGGUGGAGGCAGCAAGCAGAGCAGAAAGAAAGGCGUAGAGAGAAAGUAAUAGAAGGAAAGAAUCCGCUUGCCACCCACUAGCUGGCAAUGAAACGCCAUCAAAGGUCAUUGUCACACGUUUCUUCCGAGGAGGGUAUUAACAUAUUAAAGUAAAUAUAUUUUUGUGAAAACGCUAGAAACGCUGAAUGAACUCGAGAGGCGAGGAAAAAUGUACCAUUGUGAUAUUUUAUAAUUAAAGUUAAAAUGUAAAAAAACAUCUGACACCCAGACAAAGACGACACUCGCGACGGCUCUAGUUAGUGGAGGAUUUCUUCACAGACAAAAGAAAGAAAAGGAAACUCUAUUGGCGGGGAAAAGCAUCCCUUUGGUCUCAAUAUUAAGCAUGAAAAGAAAGAAAGAAAUAGAGGAAGGAAGUCAAAUACUUUUGUUAGAAAGUAAAAUGAAUAACAAACAAGAUCAUGCAACGGCAUACUCUCAAAUAACAAAGCUGACAUCUAAGAUAGAAGCAAACGGUUCGCUAUACGAAAAGAAGGAGCAUUUGCCAAAACAAUAGUAGGAUGUUAUGAAUUCGGCGCUUUAUCCGGUUCAGGACACGAACGAUAUAAGAAAUCCAUGCACGGUAUGGACAAACGUCCAGCAUUGCAAAUGGCACAUAAGGAACAUAUACAAGAAUUCGUUGUUAUAUAAAGUUUGAAGUAUUGUUUCUGCAGAAAAAGGGAAAUCUCUGUAGUAUUCAAUUAUUCACAGACACAUGAAGAAGAGUCAUGUCCUCAGAAAGCCUUUUCUUUCUAUUUCCGAGGUCUCCUCGGAUAAAACAACAAUAGAAUUUAAACGAAUGUGUUCCUGUGAAGCUGAACCCCCAAACCCAGAAAUAUCAGAAAUUUAAAAGAAAAGACCUGCGUAAAAAGUAACAAUCACUAAACGAAACAGGUGUGCGAGAAAACGUUAGAAAAAUUAAUACUUAUUAAAACACAAAAUAGAAAAAAACGUUUCGUUUUCGGAGCUAAAACAAUAACAUUUCAAUAACAACAUUUAAACACACACCAAACAAUUAAAAUGGCGAAACCUUAGGAAAACAGAGCGAAAGCAAAAAAAAAUGAGAGAUAUCGUAGCGAACUGAAACAAAAGGGUUUAAAAUCUUUCCAGAAGGAUAAAAACCAGAAGAAAGCGACACACUUCGUCCACGAUCAUCGUCGGCUUUGAUCGUGGUAGAGUGACCAAGAUGAUAAGGAAAAUGAUCGCUAGCGGUGUUAUCGACAAGAAGAUGCUGUGAAAUUUCAUGCAAACUACUUUUGCGUGUGUCACAUGAGACACGUGUAUCACACCAGUUUAGUUUCUGGAAGCACUUUGUUCCUGUUAUUCGUUAAUUAACCCAUUCACCGUAGUUCGUUUCAUAGCGUGUCCAUCCUUUGCCUUUAGGAUUAGCCAAGAUUCCAACGCAAACAAAGGUGUAUUCCAUUGGCCGUUAUUUAUUUACCAGCCAUUCAAGACUAUUACCAUUUCACUUUUCUAUCACGUCUUCAACAUCUCCAUCUGGAACUAAAUUAUGUUUGUUCCACUACAAUUCACUUAACAUAUAACAGUUAACUUUUUCUAAACAUUUGCCGCGCACAUCCCCCACAUCUUGUUCGAUUACUGUAGGUAGUUCCUGUAUGGCCGAAAAGGAAGCAAAUCGCAACAUUACUCACCAGAAACAGUAGUGCUUUCUUUUAUUGUUUCGUACACCUUUAACGGUUCUGCUAUCUUUCAUUGUGAUUUUACUAGAAAGCAUCGAUUUUGUAUUUCUUUUUAUUUCCUUUGAUUAAUCGUUUCUUCAAAGUAAUCAUAAAAGCGCAUAUAUUAUAUAUAUAAAUAUAUUAAAAGAAACAAAAAAAUACGAAUAAAAGCAAAAACAUUGUGUAAUUCAUUAAU